AUGCCGCCCAAGAAGACGGAGGCGGCCUUGCUCGCAGACGUCGCAGAGCAUCGUCGGUGGGCGACUGCCAAUUUGACGGCCCUGAGAGCACGGGGCGGCAUCGGCUUGAAGGCGAAGCUUCAGCAGAGGGCGGGGCUCGAGGAACAGCGGAUUUACAAGUGGUACGUGAAGCACGCGGGCGUCGCAUCUGAUCAUCCGACAGUUGCCGCUGCCCUGUCGGAGCUGGACGCCCUGGUCAAUGACUCCCUCGGCCCGGCAGCGUCGGCGUGCCCCGACGACGCCCCGCCGGCAAAGCAGAGGCGCCUGACCGAGAGGGGUGGCGAGGCUGCUGCCUGCGCGGCGCCGUUGCAGGGCGAGUCACGGCCUGGCCAGUCGACGCCGGCAGCUCGAGGGGUUGUCCCGACGGCUUGCUCGGCUGGACACGGCCCGGCGGCUGCAGCAGCGGCCAAGGCGUCUCCCGCUUCAACGCCGCCCAUCGGCAUCGAAGAGACCCCGGCGAAGAGGCCUCGCCUGUUCGCCGACGGGCUCGGUGCGACGCCCGCGCAGACCACCGGCGGCCUGACGCCUGCCACCGCGGAGGCCUUGGCAAGGUCGUGCCGCAAGAGCCCGUGGGAGUCCCCGUUGGUCGACGAUUCCGUGAGGCUUGCUCACCCAGGGAAUCCCGCGAGAGGUGCCUCGCGGCCCGUCGAGCGGCCGCGCUUGCGCCCGCGGGAAGAGGAGCGCCUCCUGGCGGCAGUGCCGCGGACAGCUGUGAAAGAUCUGUACGUGCACGUCCGCGAUGAGGCUCUGCGCCUAGGCAACGGAGAGUACCUCCCACAAUGGCGCGAGAACAAGCCAAAGUAUCGACAGCUGAACUACGCGUGGAAUUUGCACCACCACGGCGAGCUCCAGGCGGCCGAGUACGCUCUGUUGGCGCACCAGCCUCACAUUAUUGGCCCAGAGCUCUUCGGCGCAGUGGAGAAGGUGGACAGCAGCGCCUGGCGGUGGACUUUCAAGCCGGCAGGAGUUGACGUGGAAGGACCGCAGGUGGAAUCUCGGGCCGACGCGGCGCGAGCCCUGGCCGGGCUGCAGGCGCGGCUGUACCCCGAGUGGCAUCACCCAGGCACUCGCGGGCAACACCUCCGCGCCCUGCUGCGCGACGACGACCGGCAGCAGCAGAUGCGCGGCCUGCUCGCUCAGCCUGGCAUGCGGUUCGCCAGAGCGGCCGUGCUGGGAGCAGCCGCGUCAGCGCCCCGAGACGGCCGCGCGGGCGCCGCUGGCUUCCCCAACCUGACAAACACGUGCUACAUCAAUGCCGUGGUGCAGUGCUUGUACCACACGCACCCCUUCCGCGCAGACAUCGAGGGCAUGCAGCCGGGCGCCAGCAACAUGGGGGACCGCCUGCGGGACUUGUUCUGUGCGCGCAGCUCCCCUGCUUCCACGGCCGGCGACAUUCGCCCGCCGUUGGUGGCCCUUGUCCGCCAGAUCUUGCAGCAGCCGCCAGGCUUUGAGUCCGGUCGCCAACAGGACGCGGCGGAGUGCCUGAUGCGCGUCCUCGAGCACGCGGACCUCGGAGGAGUGCGGCGCCGCGUCUGCGGGGGCGGCGCAGCCGCGAGCAUCGAGGGCAUGGUGCACUGCUGCGCGGCCGAGGAGGCCCAGGUGGGUCGCGAUGCGCCGCCUGUGCCCAUGGCCGCCAUGAUCCAGGCGUCCCUCACGGGCGAGCAGGCCGUCCGUGAGGCUUCGGAGGCAGUGGUCCUCCGCGUGGAGAGCAUGUACGAACAGGAUGGCAGACUGUUCGCGGUGGACGCGCGGGCGGACUGGCGGGACACUGUCUUCCCCGUCAGCAUUCUCAACGGAGACGCCGUUUCUUACGAGGGCGGGCGCUGGUUCGAGCUCGACGAUGCCGUCGUGACGGAGCUGCCUGGGCCGCCUGACGCGUAUCCGUACUUGGUCUUCCUGGCCCGCGCGAGGCCCAGACGGUCGAUUCCGAUGGGCGGGAAGCGGCGCGACCCUCGUGGGCCUGACGACGCUCUGGAGGCUGCUGCCAGGCUGUCGCGAGCUGCAGGCUCAGCGGCUGGUCAAGGCCGGACAGGCAGGGACUGGAGUGGCAGAGACCAGUCUGGUAGAGACGAGACUGGAAAGGACCAGACUGGUAGGAACCGCAGCGGUCAGCCAAGGGGCAUUGCUGGAGUGCACCCAGCUGCCAGGGCCGUCUGGAACGCUUCAGCUGCCGCGGACAACAGAGACCACACCCGGGCAGACCCCGAGAACAGCGCGGACAACCCUUUCAAGCGGUACGUGGAUAACUGGGAUCUGCGACGCACCAGCGCAGAUGUGAAAUGCCGCACCUGGUCGCAGAGGGCCGAGCCGUCGGGCCCCCAGCCGUGCCGGCUCUGCCAGGGCCGAGACUUCGCGUUCCGCGAAGAUUGGAAGAAGCACGUGGACGACGAGCACGGUGGCGUCCAGCGCUACCGCAACGCUCUCUUCUCGUCGCUGUCGCUGAAGCCCUAUGUUGUCAAGGGAGAGGAGUGGCGCGCGAUCGUGGCCAAUUAUGCGGAGUUCUACGCCAGGGCCGCCGUGGACUGGGAGAAGCCGACUGAGCGCAUGCGUGAGCUCGCUCAGACUCCCGAGGGGUUGUCUGCAGAUGAGCGCUGGGCGCCCCGGACCCGCUGUGCGUGCGUCUUCUGCGCCAGGCUGCACUGGUCCGAGGACCUCUCCUUGGAGUUCCUAGCAGGCAAGGACUGCUUCAUGAAGAACCCCGAGGCCGUGGCCAAGCUGUUGUCUUGGGAGGUUUACCACAAGCACUGGCCCGACAUCCCCGAGGCCGAGCUCCGCGCCUCCGCCGUGCGUCUGCGCAUUGGGAACACGGACACAUUCCAACUUGUCCUCAUGCACAAGCGGCGGGUGACGGAUGCGCAGGCGUUGGGCGACGAGCGGGCCCCGGUGUGCGAGGAUUGCCUGUGCGCGUUCUCUCCCCGCCACCCGCGCAUGUGCAAGUUCACCUUCGCUAACCACUUGUGGCUCGGCAGGAAUGACCCGCUCUUCCGCAAUGCCAACUUGUCGCACCAGAUGCUCCUCGCACUCGCCCGCGUCGUGACGACCAAGGUGGUGCUGCGCCCCGAGAGCUACGACAAGCAGCGCAGCGGCGACGGGCCCACGUGGGACUUCCUCUUCCACCAGACGGGCAUGGUGGGCUCCGCAAUCCUCUUCGGGAACGCGUCGUGCAAGGAGGCCAUGGAGCGUUUCCCUCCGGCUUCCAUCAAGGACGCCUUCGCGGUGACUUUCCCGGCAGCCAAGCAGGACGCGGCGAAAGAGCAGCCGCCAGACGGCUCGGAGAAUGCAGCGGGACAGUGGCGCCGCGAGGGUCUGGCUGGCGACGCCGCCAGGCAGCAGGACGCCGCCCGGCGCGCCGUCCGGGGCAUCGCGCGCCUCAAGUCCACGAACGUCGUCUACAAAGACAAGGAUUACGACGAGGCGCUGGUUGCCCAGUGGUGCCCCAACCCGCUGAUUCCUGAGGUGCCCCCGGUGGUGUUGGACAGCGUCGUGGCCGUGCCGUUGGAGGAUUCGCCUGGCGCCGUCGUGGCCGCGGGACCAGCCGACGCCACGGCGGCCGGGGCGCAGGAUAUGGAAGACGCAGACGUUCAGGCGUGCAAGGAAUCCCGGUACGUGAGCGCGUUCAGCGAGGAGGACAUCACGGGCGCGGCCGCCUCGGCGGGGGCCUUGGAGGCGACGGCGCUGAUCAAGCAGCUGGAGGAGCUGGACGCGACAGCGCAGCGCUCCGUGGCCAAGGAGACAGAGCACGCCAUCGAGUCAGGCAGCGCGCUGCUGGACGAGGCGGGCAGGGAGCGAGUCUUGCAGCUCUGCGAGUCCGUUCGAAACCGCGCUGCUCGGUUGUCGCGCCCGGAGCGGGAGCUGCGGCUGCAGGAGGACCUCGCGCGCGCCGCGCUGGGCGAACCGGUCAGGCCUCGACAGGCGGGGGGGGCCGAGGCGACCAUGGCGAACCUCGAGGUGACGCGCGGCACGGCGCCCCUGUCGCUGUUCGAUUGGAAGGUGUGGACGCAGGCGCGCCCGAGCCUGUGGCGCUACGGCGACGCCGGUCACCUGGACCCGAAACGAACGGGGACCUACCCGCAGUUGCUCGCCCACGAGUGGAUCACGUGCCUGUGCAUGCGGGAGGAGAUGGAGUACACUCUGGACACCGACGAGGAGAAGCCGUACCGCGUGCGGGAGAACGACGACGAUCCAGAGGUCAACCGGUUCGCGGCGGACUGGGUGUCGUUGCACAUGUUCGCCACGUUGCACUUCUUGACGGAGCGCCACCAGUCCGCCUUCGCCUUCCUGAAGAACGGAGGCAUGAAGUGGGCCGAGAAAGUGCAGCACCUCACGCCGGAUGCCCUGGCGGCGGCCGCCCGCGCUCACGCGGGUGGCGGCGGCGUGGCGGCUUUGGCAAGCAACGCCAACGUGCCCAACGUGGUUCGGGACGCCCUGAACAUCAUGCAGAUGGCCGUCGCGGACGUUGUCGGCACCGACGGACAUCGGCGCCUCUGCCGCCACGAGGGGGUUGCCUACAUGGCGCUCUUCGGGUGCCCCUUGAUCUUCGCCACCCCGAACGUAGCGGACACGAAGCAGCCACUGUUCGUCAGGGUGGAGGGCCAGAUCCCGCUCGACGACCGGAGCAUUCCAGGCCUGCGCAGCGACGUCAUCCCAAAGUACCGAGACAUGAUGCGGCGCGUCGCCCAGGACCCGGUCGGCCAGACCGUGUGCUUCGAGCUCAUCAUGCGCCUCUUCUUCAUCCACGUCCUCGGCGUCCGCCCCGAGUGCGUGGGCGGCCGCCGGCGCGGCGUUCCUCCCAGGAAACGCUGCUCCUGGGACUGGUGCACCGACGGCGUGGCGGCGUCCUCGACCGCCCCGGGGAUCUUUGGGCCCGUGCAAGCUUUCCGCGGAGAGAUCGAGGCGCAAGGUCGGGGAUCGCUCCAUCCGCACAUCCUGGUGUGGUUGUGCGCCCUCUCGACGCGGCAGCUCGUGCACGUGCUCCGACGCCAUCCUGCCGCUUUCCGAGAGCGCCUGGGCAAGUGGAUGAGGGCGUGCGUCAUGGCCGUGGAGAGCACCUGCCAGAGUUCCGUAGAGGUGUUGCCGCGGCGUUUCGGGCACGUCGACCAGCGCGUGGACCCGCUGCCAUUCUCUGUCAUCGAACGAGACCAGUCGCGCUUCGACGGGGGCAGCGAGCUGGACGCGCUCCGCGAAGAGAAGCAGGCGGGCGCGGAGCUGACCGAGGACCAGGAGACCUUCCUGGAGACCGAGGACCGGGACUCCUGGCUCCGGCCCGAUCUGCCGUUGCGGGACGCCACAGGCCGCGAGUUGGCGCCGGGGGAGAAGGCACCGCCGCGGCCGUCCUCAUACGGCAUGCCCAUCGAUGCUUUCGCCGUGGGGAAAUGCCCCGCGUACCGGCGGCGCGGCCUCGUGCAGCAAGACACCGGCGCGGGCGAGCCGGCGGCCCGCGGGGUUGUCCCAACGGUCUGCUCGGACGCGCCCGCGGCUCAGGACGUCCGGGAGCUCGCCAAGGAGACGAUGACGCACGUGUGCGGAGAGAGCUGCUACAAGUACUCGGGCAACAAGACCACGAAGAUCUGCCGCCACGGCUUCUACUACAUCGUCACGCUUGCGGAUUGGCGCAGGCGCAGGCGAGGGAAGCCUCUGCGGAACGCCAUGUUCGUGGUGCGAUCCUCGACGCACGGCAUGCAGGGUCGUCUGUUGCACUUCCAGCUCCACCCGUCUGAGUGCAUUACCAACUACGCCGGCGCCGCGGCUGGACGCUUCAACCUGGAUGCGCAGGACCUCCGACGAGUCAGCGACCCCAAAGCGUGGUUGGACGAGGGCGAGGUGCUCCCGCACGUCGGCUCGCAACCCAAGCUGGGGUACAUGGGCACGUACGAGCUGGGCGAUGCCGACGCUUACGUCAACCGCCCGGAGGUUCCGGAGAAGCCGCUCGCGUGGACGGACGACUGCUCGCCGGAGGAGUGGCGCGACAUUAUGCUGCAGUGCCAGACGGAGGACGCGGAGGGCGAGGACGCGGAUGACGUGGACGCCGCGGACACCUUCGCGGACCAGCUGGAACUGGAUGCCCAGGCAGCGUUCAGCGACGGCCUGAACACGGGCUUCUACAUCAACUCCUACACGACGAAGCAGUGCCCCAGCAUGGAGGGCGUCCUCGUGGAGAUGCGGCGCGGCCUGGAGCGGCUGCAGGCGCAGCGACAGGCGCAGCAGGACAAGAUGAAGCUGGAGCUGCAGCAGCGAGGAGACGACCCCGAGAAGACUCUGUCCGCCGCCGACCGGAGAGCGCUCGGGGGUAAGUCCAAGUUCGGGGAGACGCUGGAUCUGGUGAAGAAUCUGUCCGCAUCGUACCGCCGAUGCUACUGGAAGAGCGGGCCAGAGAUGCUGUUCCCGAUCUUCUACGGCCACCUCACCUACGCGUCCCACCGCUGCUGGACGAUCUUCAUCAAGAAGGGCGUCUUCCUGGCGGCGGAGGCGUGGCGACGCGAGUACGGGCGCUCUCUCCGGCACAAGGCCAAGCAGGACGGGGGCCGCGCCCCGGUGCAGUGCCUCGGGCGCGGCGUCGACCCGUACACUCUCGAGGGGUGGCGCGAGGAAAAGGACGACGACGGGCAGGCGGUGUACGUGAGCCCGGAAGGCCAGCGCUUCCCGGAUAUCCUGACGGCCUACGAGCACGACGUCGCGACCAAGGCGGCGCGCGACGCGCCCGAUCAUCGCCAGGUGAUGUCGUUCCUGGCGAAGUUCAUGCAGGACAUGGGCUGCGAGAGCGAGGAGGCCCCGAAGACGGGGGACGGCUUCCGCAUCGUGAGGACCACGAGCACUCUGGACGACUGGCUGCACCGCGGCGACGACCCGGUCUUCAAGCACAUGAGUUUGCAGGUGUACGCCAUGUGGGUCUACCGCUGCGAGAAGCCCGACGGCCUGUGGCGAGACAAGACCCGCGCGCAUCACCUGGACUUCGACUUCGCGCCGCACUACGCGCUGUACGCGACCCACAAGCAGCGCCUGGCCCCCGAGCUCCGCGUGCCCCUCUUCGAGGGCUUCACCAUGCCGACGAUGAACAAAGACUGCGAGACAGCAUGCUUGUACAAGCAGUUGCUCCUGAGGCCGUUGGAGGUGGAGAACUCGGAGACGCCGGAGGACGAGCGCAUGCUGCGGGCGUUCGCGCCCCUGAUGGAGGCCCCCGGCGCGCCCCGUGACAUGAAUGUGCGCGGGUCAACCUGUUUCACGCGAUCUUGGGCGCACUACGAGGCUCAGGCGGACGCGGAGGCCCGCGUCGCCGCGGCCCGCUUCCUCGCGCGGCACGAGUGGCCCUCGAUCUGGGAGACACAGGAGGUGCAGGGGGAAUUCUUCGCGCUGCACCAGGCGCGAGCGGAGGGUAAGGACGCGGAGGGCGACUCGCUGGACCCCGCCCACUGCCCCGACAGAGAGAAACCCAGGGCGACGGUGCACCAGCACGUCUCCAUGAUAGCCAUGCAGGUGGCGCCCAACCUCGAGGGAAUCGCCCUGGCGCGCGAGGAGAAGAAACCCCGGCAGUACCAGAGCGACGCAGCAGUGCAGAGCGCGUACCUCAAGGCGACCACCGGUGGAGGUGCCGGUCAGGACGAGGGCGCCGAGGCGGGCGAGGGCGUGGAGCACCCGGGCGCGCCUCCCAAGCGUGUCGGAGCACACUUCCAGCCGGUCCCGACGUGGGGCAUCGACGGGGAGCAGGACAUGGCGGACGUGCUGAACUUCGCGCACCGUAAGCGCCUCACGAGGUUGGCCAAGGAGCUCCUCGCGCUCCCGCGCAUGUCCGAGGCGGCCCGCGAGGGCGCGGGUGCGCCCGAGCCGACGGAGGCCGCGACUGCUCCCGCGCCCGCGGCCGGGUACCGACCGCUGGUGACCGCGGCGCGCGAGGAGAGACACGCCUGGGGAAACCUGCACGACGAACGCCUCCAGGACAAUCGCGACGAGGAAGAUGCAGGCGCUCCGGACGGCGAGGACGCGGGCGCAGGCGGCCUGGGCGGCGACCCCGCUGCGGCCAGUUUUGCCAGCAGCGUGUACUCAACGCCCAGCGCGUACAUCGCCGCCCUGGUCGCUGGGUUGCCGGAGAACGAGAGACUCACGCGGGGCCAGACGCUCUUCGUCGCCAAGUUCGCCAAGGCCUGCGACGACGCCUGGGAGGACGACGUGCAGAAGAAGCCCUGGAGCGAGAGAAAAGUGACGCACUUGCUCCUGUUGGGCCAGGGCGGCUCGGGGAAGACGCACGUGGUGCAGAAGAUCGUCUUCCCAGUGGUGGAGUAUUUGUGGCCCUCGUCGGCGCAGGACAAGGGCGCCAUGAUGGUCGUGGCCUUCUCGAACGCGCAGGCGAAGAACAUCUCCACGGAGACGGUGAAGGCCAGAACGCUGCACAACGCCUGUGCCCUGCGAGUCCAGAAGUACAUCAACGCGAAGAUGAGACCGGGGAGCAUGCAGAAGAGAUUGCAGUGGUUGUGGGAGCACGUCCGCGUCCUGGUCAUCGAGGAGGUGAGCAUGGUGGCAGCUGCUCUGUACAACGCUCUGGACCUCCGCGCCUGCCACGGGCGCAGUGACACGCACGACGUGCAGGAGUCCACCUACAAGAGGCCGCACCACCACUUCGGCCGCGUCCCCAUCGUGUUGCACCUCGGGGAUUUCCUGCAGCUGAAGCCCACCGGCAGCAUCGGGCUCCUGACGGACGUGAACGAGCUCCUGGACGACGGGUCGCACAAGUACGCGGAGCCGCCGACGGUGGAGAUCCAGCACGCCAUCAGGGUAUUCUCUCAGAUCCCUUGCGUCUUCGAGCUGAAGGGCACGAAGCGCUUCGAGCCGGGGGACCCUCUGAUCGCGUUCUUGGGCUGCAUGCGCGAGGGCAAGCGCUUCCCACCAGAGGUUUGGUCUGCCUGGGAGAAGACGUUGGCCUCUGACAACCACGGCGUCCUGGACCCUCGGCACCAGCACGAGAACUUUCGGCUCGGCUACGGCAUGGACAUCUACUGGGAGACGCUGGCGAGGUGGAUCAACACGCGCGCUCGUCGCGACGCGCGGCGCCUCGGCGCCCCCCUCGUUUUCCUGCAGGCCGUAGACGAGUGCGGCACGAUUCAAGGCGAACCAGACGCAGGCCGGCGCCUCCUGAACGUCCCGAACAUGCACAAGACGGGGGACAUCCACGGCGUCUUACCGGCACACGUCGGCAUGGAGGUCCGGUUCACGGCCGUGCAGGAGGAGCUGAAGAAGAAGUUGGGGCUCGUGCAGGAGCAACGGGCCACCAUCGUGUCCUUCGAGUUUCACGCAGACGACGAGCGGGACUACGAGGAGUGCGCGCCGGGCCAGCUCUUCCGCCCCCGCUUCCUACCGCAGGGAAUCUGGCUGCAUGUGCACGGCUUCCAGGAGUCCCCGAUCUACAAGGAGGUCGCCGAGGUGCUGCUGCAGGGCACCGAGGGCGCUGACGACGACGGCGAGGCCCAGGCGCGGGCGAGGAGCUUGCUCAUGUUCAGGCCCAGCGAGCAGGAGUUCACGUGGCAGAGCUCGGGGGCGCACACUGUGCGCCGCUCGGGAUUCACGCUGACGCACGCGUCCUACCUGACCUCCACGCUGUCGCAGGGCCAGACGCUGCGCAAGGGCGUCACCAUCGACUGCGCCAGGGAUGAGGACGCUGGCCGCACGGGCAUGUCGGACGAUAUGUGGUGGCUGCACCUCUACGUCAUGUUCUCCCGCGCCACGUGCAUGCGGAACAUGCUGAUCCUGCGGCCGCCCGCGCGAGAGUUCCUGGAGCGCGGGCCGCCGGCGUCACUGCGGAAGGCGCUCCAGGAGUUCGACGAGAGAGCGGUGGACUCCAGGGCUGAAGCGGAGCAGCUCGCGGCAGAGCUGGGCUUCGUGCUGCCGCCCGCCUGA